GUGUUUUGUCUGUCUCUUUGUAGCUAACCCUGGGAGCAUAUGAAUGGCCGGCGUCUCCUGGUUGCUUCUGUAAUUUCUGUCCAGAACUCUAGCUUUGUGUAUCCUUCGUGUCAAAACUGCUUUUCCAAGUUAUUCCUAGAUUUGAAGAGGUACAGUUGCCUAAAGUGUGGGUGUUCAGGUGACACAAAGGAAGCAAACUACAGAUAUCGACUCUCACUGGAAGUAGCUGACAUUCAGGAUGUGUUUGAGGUGACAGUAUUUGGAAGCUGUUUGGAUGUUUACUUUGGAGUCACAGCAAAAGGCCUGCAAAGGUACAUUGAGGAACUGAACCAAGAAGCAGGAGAACCAGACAGGGAUGCAACUCCUGGUGUGGUAUUUCAAGCAGUUGAAACCUGCUUCAUUGGGAAGAAAUUUGUAUUUGGAGUUAAGGGUUCUGGCAAGCCAGAUGGCGCCAGCUCCUUGCAAAACAACUGCCGAACUGCCAGGUAUUCCAGAGCUCUCACUGCCUGUCAAAUGUUUAUACCGAACUCCGAGCUUGUGGGCUGCACUGUCAUCCAGUUCCUCCAGCAGCGCCGAUGUUCUCGUUUCAAGCACAGCCCCGGGCUCAGCAUCUGGCCGCCCGAUCUCCUCAUGGCAUUCGAUCAACUUAGCACAGAGCUCAGCAGCUUGUAUGGCCCUGGCGACUUGGCUGCGGUUCCGUCAAGCCCCGCAGAUGGUGUUUCGAGUCUGUGGCCACAGUCAUUUAGGCUGACUUCCUCCUCCGUUUCUUCAGGAACAAAAUCAGAUCUUAGAGAUCUAAAUUCAAGCCAGACAGCCUACGAAAGGCAAAAAGGGGAAGAUCGUAUUACGUUGUUGCUGAGCCAACCUGCCUUCAAUCCCCAGGACCAUAACCUGACAGUGAAUAGGAGAAACGAGCAGGAAGAUAAGAAAUGUCACUUGUAUACUGCUGAGUGGGGCUGUGGGACUGCAGAGGGUGAACCAGAAAGCUAUUGCUCUUUAGGCAGAAAAGACUGUGGAUCAUUACAAAGCCCCUUAGAAUCAGAGGAGAAAGACUCUUCCAGCCAAAUUAGCAUCCAACAUAGCUAUGGGCUAGAAAAAUCAUGGGACCCUUUGCUGCACCAGAGACAUGAUGGUUCUCUUCGCCCCCUUCCUUCAUCUUCCAGUCAUGCUAGAACAGCUGCAAACUCUCUUUGGGAUGAGCUGCCAUCAUCUGAAAGUUUAAACGAAUUCAUUGCCAGAAUUGAGAAUGACAAAACUGGGAUGUGUUCUGUUUUCCCCGGUAAUGAAGUUGAUGAAUUCAACGGAUAUUUUGACCCGUCUUCUCCCAAGCUGGGCUUUUUCAAUGCCAAUUUCAAGACUGAGCAGGCCGAUGAGGAAUUGCAGAAGCUAGCUGGGAAAGUGGAAAUAUGUAAAAAAGUUACUUUCCCUUGUCACCGACUUAACUUGCAUUCAUCCAUCAGUAGCAGAGAAUCUCACCAGCAAGGCUUUUAUAGCUCUUUAUCCACUGAAAGAAAAGAAAAAUGGGCGGAUCUCUCCAGCCAGUAUCCAGUCGUCUUGCCUUGGUCCUCCCCAGCUGGAGUUAAACGUUCUCAUCCAAAUGAAAGUUGUCAAUCAACCAAGGAAGGAGUCGACCAAGAUGUCAGCAGUGCCAAGAAGCUCCAUUCCCGCUCCUCUUCAAAGUCUACAAAUUACUGCCUAGAAAACCCCUGUGUACAUGCCAGGAAGACAGCUGCCCACUUAAACUGUAAAGAUAAUGGUACUCUAGCCAGUUGGAGAAAUAAUGGCAGUCCUUGCUAUCAGCUAAACCGAAGUAUUGAUCUCACAAACAUCCAGGAGUAUGGUUUCUCCUCAACAGUCUCUGAAAAAGGUGAAGUUUGUGAAAAUGAGCGAGAACUGAUCCCAGAGGUGCAAGAAUAUCAUUUUGGACUGAGUGAUGCCAGCGGUUUGCUAAAAGGCUAUUCGAAUUGCUCUGAGGGGAGUUACAAUGCUUCUGCAGAUCUUUUUGACGUUGGCGCCAGAGGAGCAGAAGCCACUGUGGGAAUGUUGAACUCGUCCCAAGCGUUCUCGGCACAAGAGGGUGCCCUAUCCUCAAAGUGUGCAACAACUAAUUUCUUAGCAAGCAAGCUAGAUGCUAACUGGAAUAUGUCUCAAUGUGGACUAUCCUUAUGCAACAUGUCAGCGACUUCUGACCAGAAAACAAGCACUCAGGUUGCCGGUUCAAUAUCCGAGAUGGAGUGCAGCCUUGCAGGUACCCUGGACUUCAUACCGAAUUCCCAGUCCACGCCCCUACCCAGACCUUGCCGACAGGUAAGGCUCCCCAAGGGGAAAGAAUCCAUUCUUCGUGAAUUGCCACUGAAUAAAUUGCCUUGGAUCAAUGCCAAAUGUAAAACGCUCAGACCUCCCUUGAAGUACCCCUUAGCAAAACGGCUUGUCAGCAUGUUCCUGCAGUCCAAAAGGCCGAGUGGUGCAAAGUCUGCUACCCCUUAUGCAUCUGAUCCUCACCAGUUUAUCAACGGCAGCCCAGCCCUGGGGCUUUCUGUGACCGAUGGCGAAGAAUGGAUUCCCCCUUCGGAGAAAAAAUGGAUAAGGAAGAGGACGAGCCUGGUGAGGAACAAUCCUGACAGUUCGGAGAAAUCAUCUCCUUCUAAAAACAAAUUAAGAUCUGGGGUUCCAAAGAGUUCCACGAGGGCAAUAAGGGUGGAAUUCACUCCUAAAAGCCAGCAGCCGAUAGAGACUAGAAUUGGGAGCCAGCCCAUUCAUGAAAAUGGUGUUCAUCCCAGCCGGCUAAUGAACGAAUCCCCUGGCUUCUGUGACUUUGCAGGUGGCAACAGGUCAAAUCCGACUUCUGCACCUCACCCCAUGCCUGAUGCUUCAAAUUGGUCUCCAGAGUUGUUUUCAGAUCAUUGCUAGAUCCCCAGCAAGGAGGCCAUUUUAUGAAAGCCAGCCACUUGAAUGCAGACUUCCUUUUGAAAUGCGAUCUUCCUAGUGGUGCCUUUGACGCGAUUUCAAUAGUUAUAUAUUUCUCAAAUGACUGUGGAAUGGGAAAGGGCUAAAAAAAAUAAAAAUCUGAAAAAGGUAUGAACACAUAUUUUUGUAUUCCUCUUGGCAUUUUUAAAUAAUGAAUUAUGUCUACUUGAUUGAGCA